GUUUCAGUACAAGAAUUCGAUCCCACUGACGAAUCCCCACGAUCAAGUACAUUAGACGAGACCAAUAUUGAAAGAGUACGAGAAGCUCUCGAAAGAGAACGUCAACGUAGACCUUUAUCUUCACUAAGCAAUGUUAGCAGUGCAGAGGUCACCGAUGAUGAAGGUCAAGAUUAUGAUUGGCGUCUUCAACAAGACUCUCCUCAGCCCGUUCCAUCACCACUACCACUUGAACCUAUCACCAGUGCCGGGAGUGGGGAUUCUCGUGAAAAUAGAAGAGUGGAAAAUUUAUUGUUAGAUCAUAAUAUGAACGAACAUGUCAGAGGUUAUAUACCCAUGGGAGAAACGGAUGGAUUACCCAAUAUCAAACAUACCGAAACUGUGGAUGAUUUGAAGGCAGCUACAGAUAUCGUUCGUGCUCAUACUGGUAAAUGGGGAGUUUUACGUCGACGUGUCAAAGCUGUCAGUCACGCUAAAAACUUUGCAUCAAUGACUUCUGGUCCGAGUAUCAAAACACAAUUGAACGCCGAUCCUGCCGAUAACGAAAAUAGAAAGUCCUCUGGAUAUAGUAGUGAAGAUGAAGAUGAUCAUUCGAUAAGAAUGCCAAACCUUCCCGAAGGUGCUUCUGUCUUAUCUUCACUUUUAGCCUUAUAUGGACAAAACCGUCCUGGUAUGAGAUCGGAACGGACAUCCGUAGCUAGUUCAGUGGGGACUUUAACAGAAGACGAAUCAUCAGAUGAAGACGAACGUAGAAAAAAAGAAGUUGAACGUACAACAGGUGUUCAAAUACAUGAUCGACAUCGACCUUCUAUCACAGGUUCAGAAUCUCCCAAUCGACCACAAAUGCGAAGGAUAGCAAGUGAUGGAAGUGUACGUCCUGACCAACAAGUAGAACCAGGGUUUAUGAAAGCUAUCAAGAGAGCUAAAGAACAUUGGAUGGAACGUGAUCGACCUAAAUCCGCACGUAAUGGUGCAGGUGUUAUCGGUGCUCUCAUACAAAACACAGCAAAUUUAAGUGCGGCCGCUACACCUCAUGCUUCUACACUGGCUCCUGCAGCUAAACGACCAGGAUAUCAACUUAAUCGAUAUUCUUUACCCGAUAUAAAUGGUCCGGAUGUUUCUCAACCAUGGAGACCUAGUUCAAGACCUGGAAGUAGAGCAAAUUCCAGACCCCCUUCGAUUCAUUCUUCUACCGUCGUUUCUGAAACUCCUCCAGAUGCUAAAUCUACCGUUUCGGACGAUCAAUUUUCAAAACGAAAGGCUUAUUCGGAUGAUCAAUUGUCAUCAAUGAAAGAAGAGAAAAAGAGAGCUGCGUCGGUUGAUGAAUUAUCGACAAAAACUGGAGAGAAAAGAAAGCCAAAGAUGAACUUGGGUGAAUUAGGUAAAUUACCAGUAUCGGCUUUGAAGGCAAGUGGACAUGUUUUGCAUAAUGCAGAAAAUUGGAUAAUGAGUGGUGGGAAAACACCAUUGUUCACUCCGGAUGAGAAGAGUGGCUUUGAGUUUUUCACUCCUAGGUCUCUGACGGAGGAGGAUAUAAGGAGGAAAGAAAGGGAGAAGGAGAGGAAGAAAAGGAAGAAAGAGAGGGAUGCUAGGAAGAAACAAGAGAUCUAUAUUAUCCAACACGUCGCUGCUUAUAUUCAAAGACAACAAUUCCUGCUGAAACUUGCAAGAGCUCUGAUGAUGUUCGGUUCCCCUUCUCAUCGUCUUGAAACCCAAAUCCAAGCUACAGCCCGAGUAUUAGAAAUUAACGCUCAAGUCAUUUAUCUACCAGGAACCAUGUUAAUUUCCUUUGGUGACGAUACUACACAUACUUCUGAAGUCAAAUUCUUGAAACAAGCCACAGGAUUAGAUCUAGGAAAGUUAUUGGCGACUCAUCAUUUAUAUUGGAACGUUGUACAUGAUCGAAUGUCGGUAGAUCAAGCUAGUAAAGAUUUAGACGUUUUGAUGACUACUCCGGUUUAUUAUUCUUGGUGGCAGGUUUUGUUGAUCGGAGCUAUGUGUUCUGCUUUUAUCACUGUGAUUUCAUUUUACGGAUCAUUCAUAGACGCACUUAUCGCCAUGCCAUUGGGUAUGCUCCUCUGUGGUGUUCAAAUCCUAGUGGCUAGAAAUGACAUGUUAUCUAACGUAUUCGAAAUUUCCAUCGCUUGUAUCAUUUCGUUCAUUUCUGCUGCGUUAGCUUCUACUGGGUAUUUCUGUUAUACUUCUUUAGUAUCAGGAGGGGUGGUAUUGAUUUUACCUGGUUACAUAGUCCUAUGUGGUUCACUAGAACUAGCUUCUCGUAACAUCACCUCCGGUGCAGUCCGAAUAGGUUACAGUGUCAUUUACUCUCUAUUCCUAGGAUUUGGUAUAACCAUAGGUGCAGAGAUAUAUCGUAAAAUCACAGGAUUAGAAGUUGUCGGACCGGAUGAUUAUACUUACUUCCUCUGUUGUCCUGCUUAUUCCUUUUGGCUUUCUUUGAGGAAUCAACAACCUCUUUUUGCUAAAGAACUGCCAAUCAUGGUCCUCAUCUCCGUUGCUGGCUGGGUUUCCAACCAUUUUUCCGGUCUCGCUUUCCCCGGUAGAUCAGACAUCGUCUCCGCCAUCGGUUCUUUCGUAGUCGGUACCCUUGGAAACCUCUACGGUCGUUUCUCUCACGGAUCAAGUUUCCCAGUAACAGUCACUGGUAUACUCUUUCAACUUCCUUCAGGCUUAGCAAACGGUGGUAUUUUCAAUUUCGCCGCUGAACAGAAUGGGACUCAAGCUUGGAGUGAUGGUUUUGACGUUGCUGAACAAUUGGUUUCUGUCGCUAUCGGUUUAACCGUUGGAUUGUUCGUUAGUGCUGUUAUUACACAUCCUUUCGGUGGACCUAGACGUGCUGGAUCGGGUGUUUUCAGUUUCUAG